AUGCUUGCAGGGCCCGCGCAGGGCAGCCGCUGGCCGCCGCCGCCGAUCCGCACCGCCGAUGACCAUACCAAAGAGAACGAUGCAUCCAACGCUAGCCUACAGCAAUCGACCCACGGCAUUAGCCCGGCCGUGAAGGCCCCGCUGCGGCCACCUGCCAUGGCGCCGCUUUGCAGCAACGAGCCGUCGCGCCCACCGCUGCGUGCGCUCUCGGUCCCAGCGCAGUCGCCUCGUGACCACAGCGCCCAUCCGGCAAAUAGCCACGUGUGGAAGCUCGUGGACUUCGACAUUGGGCGGCCACUGGGCAGCGGCAAGUUUGGUACCGUGUACCUCGCGAGGGAGAAGCAGUCCAAGUACGUUGUCGCGCUCAAGGUACUUCAGAAGAAGCAGCUCGUCAAGGCGCGCGUCGAGUACCAGCUGCGACGAGAGAUCGAGAUCCAAUCGCACCUCCAUCACAAGCACAUUUUGCGGCUCUACGGCUACUUUUACGACGAGAAGCGCGUCUACUUGAUCAUCGAGUAUGCCUCCGAGGGCGAGCUCUACAAGAAGCUCACGCACGAAGGCCGGUUCGACGAGCCGACAAGCGCCAAGUACAUAUACCAAGUCGCUCUUGCGCUGCAGAUGAUGCACCGCAAGCACAUCAUCCAUCGCGACCUGAAACCGGAAAACAUCCUCGUCGACCACAACGGCGACCUCAAGCUCGCCGACUUUGGCUGGUCCGUCCACGCAGUCGCGUCACGACGCCGCACUCUCUGUGGCACCCUCGACUACCUCGCGCCCGAGAUGGUCCAGCACCUCCCGCACGACGCCGCCGUGGACAUUUGGACUCUGGGCGUCCUCAUGUACGAGUGCCUCGUGGGUGAGCCACCGUUCGAAGCCGAUGGGACCUCGGCGACGUACCAGCGCAUCCUCCGCGUCGACCUGCACUUCCCCGACCACGUCUCUCGGGCGGCGCAAGAUCUGCUGACCCAGAUUCUCCAAAAGAACCCGGACCAGCGCCCGUCCCUCGAGACUAUCUUGGCGCAUCCGUGGAUAGCGACCCGGCACGUGUAAUCGUUUCCUUUGUACACUAGACAGUCUUUUACUUGCGAC